AGUGACCGUAGUAUUAAAUGCUGAACGCCGCAUUCUAAUCGACUUCCAAUAUAUCUCUGAGUGCACGUUAUUCUUCAAAGUUACGAUGCAGUGCACAUUGAAGAUGGCAAAAUGUUCCAGGCUCCUAAAUAAGCACAACGUUGUGACUCGGCAUAUACAUGGUUUGCAAUUGAGUAGUUUACACAGGCAGAAUUUGAGUAAGUUGCUCCCGCAAAAGGAGGAAUUUCAAGCGAGGCACAUUGGACCCAGGGAACACGAACAGAUAGAAAUGUUAGGUCUAAUUGGAUUUAAGAGUCUUGAUGAAUUAACGGAAGCUGCGGUACCGGCUAAAAUUCUUCACAAAGGAAAUUUAAAUCUUGACGAGCCAGUCACCGAGUACGAUCUAAUAAAGCGGAUCACAGAAAUUUCGGAAAAGAAUGACGUAUGGCGCUCUUACAUAGGCAUGGGGUACCAUAACUGCUGCGUGCCGCACACGAUUAUGCGUAACAUUUUUGAAAAUCCCGGAUGGACGACGCAAUAUACUCCUUAUCAGCCCGAGAUUUCGCAAGGACGACUAGAAGGCUUACUGAAUUACCAAACAAUGAUAUGCGAUUUCACGGGGAUGGAAGUGGCGAACGCUUCUCUCUUGGACGAAGGGACAGCGGCGGCGGAGGCCCUGGCGCUUGCGUGUCGACAUAAUAAGAGAAAAAAAUUGUUUCUCUCCGACCGGGUGCAUCCUCAGACUAUUAGCGUUAUCGCAACACGCGCCGCUUCCUUAGGUUUAACGCUUGAAGUUGGAGACGUGUUUAAAGUAGACACCAGCGGAGAUGAUAUUGCCGGUAUUCUCGUGCAGUAUCCCGACACAACUGGCUGCAUCCACGAUUUCGAGGACGUUGUCAAGAAGGCGCAUGCUAAUGGAACACUCGUCUGCGCUGCCACCGACUUACUUGCGUUAGCUGUGCUUCAACCGCCGAGUGAUUUCGGUGUCGACAUAUGCGUGGGUACGAGUCAACGUUUCGGAGUGCCUCUCGGAUACGGUGGGCCUCACGCUGGGUUCUUUGCGUGCCGACAGAAACUGGUGCGAUCAAUGCCCGGCAGAAUGAUAGGCGUUACGAGAGAUUCCAGCGGACAGGACGCUUAUCGGUUGGCCCUCCAGACGCGCGAGCAACACAUCAGGAGGGAUAAGGCCACCAGCAAUAUUUGUACCGCACAAGCGUUGCUGGCUAAUAUGUCCGCGAUGUACGCGGUGUAUCACGGACCUCAGGGAAUACGAGACAUUGCGAGCAGAGUGCACAAUUUGACGCUAGCUUUGGCGAAGGGCUUGGAGGUGGCUGGAAACGCAAUAAAUAAUAUAUACUUCUUCGAUACCAUUACAGUGUCGCCAAAGAUUUCUGUGCAGACGAUAAAGGAAAAUGCGAAUGUAGCUAAGAUAAACUUAAGAUACUUUAACGACGGUACGAUCGGAAUAUCUCUCGAUGAGACAACGACGACGGAGGACGUGAAUGAUCUUUUCAAGAUAUUUUCGGCAAACACUACGGUUGAAGAGGUGGUCAAAGAUGAAAGCUUUCUGGCGAAAAGUUUGGACAAGUCGGAUUUCCACCGUACUAUCUCGUAUUUACAGCAUCCUGUUUUCAAUAGCUAUCACUCGGAGACGAGAAUAGUUAGAUACAUGAAGUCUCUGGAGAACAAGGACGUAUCUCUCGUACACAGCAUGAUUCCACUGGGUUCUUGCACGAUGAAAUUGAACUCAACGACGGAGAUGAUGCCUUGCAGUUUGAAAGGUUUCACAGAUCUACAUCCUUUCGCUCCACUCGAGCAGGCUGAGGGAUACCAACAAUUAUUCGCCGAAUUGGAACGAGAUCUGUGCGCGAUCACCGGCUACGACGGUAUUAGUUUCCAACCGAAUAGCGGGGCGCAAGGUGAAUACGCGGGUCUGAGGGCUAUACAAUGUUAUCACGAGUCGAGGGGCGACAAACAUCGACAAGUCUGUUUGAUUCCGAUAUCCGCGCACGGCACGAAUCCCGCAUCCGCUCAAAUGGCGGGUAUGCAGGUGGAACCGAUUCUCGUACGGAAGGACGGUUCUGUCGACAUGGCGCACUUGAAAGAGAUGAUCAACAAGUAUCAAAAGACGCUGUCGUGCCUGAUGAUCACGUAUCCAUCGACGAACGGGGUGUUCGAGGAAACGAUUGGCGACAUAUGUAACAUGGUGCACAAUGCCGGUGGGCAGGUAUACUUGGACGGCGCCAACAUGAAUGCUCAAGUUGGCUUGUGCCGACCCGGUGAUUACGGCAGCGACGUGUCGCAUCUCAACCUGCACAAAACGUUCUGCAUUCCUCACGGGGGUGGCGGACCCGGCAUGGGUCCCAUCGGAGUGAAGCGACAUCUUAUACCUUUCCUGCCGAAUCAUCCAGUAGUAAAUUGUUCGAGUAACGGCUAUGGUGAGUUGAAGAAUUUCGGUGCCGUAUCGGCCGCACCUUUCGGAUCGUCCGCUAUUUUACCGAUCUCAUGGGCUUACAUCAAGAUGAUGGGUCCGAGAGGGUUACGCAAAGCUACGCAGGUGGCUAUUCUCAACGCCAAUUACAUGAGCAAGAGAUUGGAGAAGUAUUACAAAACGUUGUACAAGGGUGAAACCGGGCUGAUUGCGCACGAGUUCAUCCUAGAUGUAAGAGACUUCAAGAAAACUGCCAAUGUUGAGGCCGUUGAUAUUGCGAAGAGACUGAUGGAUUAUGGCUUCCACGCACCGACCAUGAGUUGGCCCGUAGCCGGUACCUUAAUGAUCGAACCGACCGAAUCCGAAGACAAGACUGAGUUGGAUAGAUUCUGUGACUCUUUAAUUUCUAUAAGGAAGGAGAUUGCGGACAUUGAAGAAGGAAAAUUAGAUAUUGCACAGAAUCCCUUGAAAAUGGCACCUCACACGCAGGAGCAAGUAAUAACGACCGAAUGGAAUCGACCAUAUUCGCGAGAGUUAGCAGCUUUCCCUGCUACAUUUGUGAAAGGAAGUAACAAGAUUUGGCCAAGCGUUGGAAGGAUAGACGACAUAUAUGGUGAUAAGAAUCUAUUUUGUACAUGCCCGCCCAUUUCGCUUACAGAACAAUAAUUGUGACGUUGUAUUU